AUGGCUGACCGUGGAAACUGGCGAUUCCGAGGCGAAGGCCAUACCAGCAAGCGAGGCGGGUCGAAUAACUUCGGGACCCGUCAUCAAAGCGACAAAAUCUGCCGGCAAUUCCAGCGUGGAAAUUGCACUUACGGCUCUACUUGCAAGUUCUCUCACGACCUGACAAGAGCUAGCGGAUCUGAACCUAAUCCUACGACUGAUGAUUCGAGCACCCGGAAACGAUACUUUGACUGGAAAAAGAUCCUGAGAACGAAUUCCAUCGGUGUCAGAUCCCGGGGAGGACAAGAAGAGAUCCUUCGACUGUGGGAAGGAGCGGUUGAGAUACUUGAUAGUGGAAAUACAGGGGACCAGCAGCUCCUUGUCAGAGACCUCGUGGAUGAUGCCCUUGAUGGACACGGGUUCAUCCUGGCAACUAUUGAUACCACCGGCCAAGAUUGGAGUCGCCGUAUUCCUGUCUAUGUUGAGCCAUUUCUCAAAGUCAUUACCCAUCCUUCCCUCUUGGAUUGUCUCUCCGUUGAUUCAUUUGUUGGUACCAUGUACGCAACCUUCGGCGGCCCGAAUGGAGAUCGAGCAAUCGGGUUUUUGGAAAGCGUUUGUCGUUUCAUGAUAAACAGCUGUGAGCGAAAUGGCAAUGAUUGGACUCUUGUCACUCCAGAAAUGGUGAAGUUGUUGUUGAAUUCCCUGUAUCAGCUUCUGCGCAGGGUCCGACGGGCACACCUCCAUGAUGACCUCCCUUCACUUCUCGGGUCAUUGGACGAAUUGGUCCACAAAAUGACCGAAGUAUGCUCCAAGGCUGACCUCGAGGCGCUUGAAAACAGAAUAGAAGUCAUGCGAAAUGUGGUCGCAAGCGCACACCGCAGUCUUGUUCCAGCCAUAGUACCAGUACCCGAAGAGACCAUCCACAGGACCGGGGCUAGGCUAGCUCAAUCGACGUUUCCAAUGGAUAUGGAAAUCCCUGGUGGCAGACACGACAAUGACCUUGCAGAAAUCUCGCAGAUUCGGAUUCUUCCGACACAAGGAGAAAUUGUUAGUGACAACUCGGAAUAUCUACCAUCCACCAAUUUUUCUCAGCCGCACUUCAUCGCGGAUCCUAUGCUACGAUACGUGGACUCCACAUUCCGACUUCUGCGCCAUGACAUCUUCGGUUCUGUCAAAGAUGUGCUUCGAGAUCUACUGCAACAAGACUGUCCCAACCCCCACCUAUCGGACAAGGACACAAGGGCGCAUAUCUACACGGUAUCAAAUGUUCAGCAUGUCUUCGUUAAUGGAAAAAAUGAGCUUGAAGCGACAGUAUCCUUCUCUGCCCCGCCGCAACUGCGCAAAAAGUCUCCUGCAGAGCAAUGCAGAUGGUGGAAAGAUUCCAACCGACUGGAAGAAGGGAGUCUGGUGUGCUUCUUGACUUCUGAAGGAACCUAA